CCCAGCCGCCCUCCCUGGGCAGGGGAACCCGGCCCGGGAAUCCAGCACCUGAGGCUGGUGCAGAGUGGACACCUUACCACCUGGCGAGUGAGCUGCUUGUAGACGGCACGCGCCAGCCUGAUAAAGAAAUCAUGAAGGGAUCCCUGCAAUGGUGGUGUAGCCCUGCUGGUCGCAGGAUAUGAGGGAGACAGGUUGGGGGAGGCCAUCCGGGAACAAGGCAGGUCAGGUCUGGGCACCUGAAGGAUCCACAGCUUUCAAGUGUCUAAUCUCAGCUCGGUUCUGCGCUGCCCUCUUGAGUAACAUCUCAGAUUGUGAUGAGACUUUUAACUACUGGGAACCGAUGCACUACCUCAUCUAUGGGAAAGGGUUCCAGACAUGGGAAUACUCUCCAGUCUAUGCCAUUCGCUCCUAUGCUUACCUGUGGCUUCAUGCCUUGCCAGCCUUAUUCCAUGUUAGAGUUCUACGGACAAAUAAGGUUCUCGUCUUUUAUUUCCUGCGAUGUCUCUUGGCCUUCUUGAGUUGCAUUUGUGAGCUUUACUUUUAUAAGGCCGUGUGUAAGAGGUUUGGGCUGCAUGUGAGCCGGCUGAUGUUGGCCUUCUUAGUUCUCAGCACUGGGAUGUUUUGCUCCGCUGCAGCCUUCCUCCCCAGCAGUUUCUGUAUGUACACCACAGUGGUUGCCAUGACGGGCUGGUAUAUGGAUAAGACCUCAAUAGCCGUGCUGGGCGUGGCAGCUGGAGCCAUCGUGGGCUGGCCUUUCAGUGCAGCUCUUGGGCUACCUAUUGCCGUUGACUUGCUGAUAAUAAAGCGGAGGUGGAAGAGCUUCGUGAACUGGUGUCUGGUGGCCCUGAUCCUAUUUUUGGUUCCCCUUGUGAUUGUUGACAGCUAUUACUAUGGGAAGCUGGUAAUCACUCCUCUCAACAUUGUUUUAUACAAUGUCUUCACACCUCACGGACCCGAUCUUUACGGUACUGAGCCCUGGUCCUUCUAUUUUAUUAAUGGUUUCCUGAACUUCAAUGUGGCGUUUGCUUUGGCCCUGCUUGCCCUGCCGCUGACCUCCCUCAUGGAAUGUCUGCUACAGAAAUUUCAUGUUAUAGGCUUGUUAUCCAGAUCCUGCUUCUCCUUCUUUUGGGCUCUGGCUUCCCUGCGUUCUGGGACCUUUAGGGCAUCUGAAGCCUACAGAAAUCCACUAAUCCAGAAUCUGGGUCGCCCAUAUUGGCUUACGCUAGCUCCUAUGUACAUCUGGAUCCUGAUUUUCUUCAGCCAACCCCACAAAGAGGAGAGGUUUCUGUUUCCCAUAUAUCCUCUCAUCUGUCUCUGUGGAGCUGUGGCUCUCUCUUCCCUACAGAAAUGUUACCACUUCGCAUUCCAGCGUUACCGCUUGGAGCACUACACAGUCUCCUCCAACUGGCUGGCUCUGGGGACAGUUUUUCUCUUUGGACUCUUGUCACUCUCGCGCUCCGUGGCUUUAUUCAAAGGCUACCAUGGGCCUCUGGACCUGUAUCCAGAAUUUCGUAGGAUUGCCACUGAUCCGACUAUUCACACAGUGCCAGAGGGGAGGCCAGUUAAUGUCUGUGUGGGGAAGGAGUGGUACCGAUUUCCGAGCAGCUUUCUCCUGCCAGAUAAUUGGCAGCUCCAGUUCAUCCCAUCAGAGUUCAGGGGCCAGUUACCGAAACCAUUUGCCAAGGGACCAAUGGCCACACGGAGCAUUCCUGCAGACAUGAAUGACCAAAACAGGGAAGAGCCAUCCAGAUAUAUUGACAUUUCCAAAUGCCAUUACCUGGUGGAUUUAGAUAGAGUGAUUGAAACAUCAAGAGAGCCGAGAUACUCCGCCAACAAAGAAGAAUGGGUCAGCAUUGCCUACAAACCAUUCCUGGAUACUUCCAGGUCUUCAAAGCUGCUGCGUGCUUUCUAUGUCCCUUUCCUGUCUGAGCUGCAUACGUCAUAUGCAAACUACACCAUCCUUAAACCCCGGAAGUCAAAGCAAGCCAGGAAAAAAACAGGAGGUUAGCAACACACCUGCGGACCAAAAAGGAUCAACCAGUGUUGUCAGCCAGCUGCUUAAACCUUCCUAGAAAAAAAAAUGCUUGUUAAGAUUCACUAAUAAAGGUUUCCCACCCAGUGAUUUCAUUCUGCAAGCCUCCAGCUGUAAAGAGUAUAUCAUCUGCUCUCAGUUCUGUUAGUCGCUGCUCUGCCUGUGCAGCUCAUUUCCAGAACGUAUUGGUAAGAAACAGUUUGAAAAUUCAGCAGCUGCCUACGAAUAUAUUAUCCCCGUUGCUCCCUGCAUUAUUAUUUAUUAGACUAGAGAAGAGCAAAACUAAAUAACAAGAAAUGACUAUGUUAGACUGUGCUCCAGGAUACUGCCUGGCACCAGGAAAAUUCAGAGCCCCUCUCUCAGUAUUCCUCAUCUGCUAAAUAGCUGCUUGCCUACUCCUAGGAAACAUUAUUUGCAGAUAACAGCAUUUGAAAGAAACCCAAAAAACCAGCAGUACAGCAGAGACAAUGACUCUCUGAAAUGCUGAGAAUAUCAGCAAACAAGACAGUCCAUACCAUAGAGAAAAAUCCCUGGGAUGACCCUGUCCAGGAGAUACUUUCCAAGGAGAAACAUGCACUUUCAAACAAACUGUGAUUUUUGUUAGUUAUCUGUUUUAAUGGCAUGUUAUUUCAUUUGCCUUGAGUUCUGUAAAGACAGGGGCUUCAUUUAA